AUGUGGAGUUCUUUCUGGCGAUCCAGAGAUCGUUUCUCCUUGGAUCAACUCAGUUACUUAACUGAUCAAUUGGCGAAAAUUCAAGUUGUUACAGAUGAUAAUAAGGAUUUUGUUAUUGAGGCUCUGAGAUCGAUUGCGGAGUUGAUGACUUAUGGCGAUCAGCAUGACUCAAGCUAUUUUGAAUUCUUCAUGGAAAAACAAGUCAUGGGCGAGUUUGUUCGUAUUCUUAAAAUUAGCAAGAUUGUUAGUGUUCCUCUUCAGUUGUUGCAAACAGUUAGCAUUUUGGUUCAGAACCUAAGGAAUGAACAUGCUAUAUACUACUUGUUUAGUAACCAACAUAUAAACUACUUGAUAACUUAUUCGUUCGACUUUCAAAAUGAAGAGCUGUUGUCUUACUACAUAUCCUUUUUAAGAGCAAUAAGUGGAAAGUUGAACAGGAAUACGGUUUCGCUGCUUGUGAAGAUUAAGGGUGACGAAGUAGUUUCAUUUCCAUUGUAUGUUGAGGCCAUACGCUUUGCCUUUAAUGAGGAGAACAUGGUCCGCACUGCAGUACGAGCUGUGACCCUUAAUGUUUAUCACGUUGGAGAUGACUCUGUAAAUAGAUACAUAUCCAGCGCACCUCACACGGAUUAUUUUUCAAACCUAAUUUCAUUUUUUAGGAAGCAGAGCAUGGAUUUAAAUAAGUUGGUUUCUCAUACAAUGAUAAAUCCAGGCCCGGAUUCAACCUCUACAAUUAUUGUUGCUAUAGAUGAAAUUGAGGACAACCUAUACUACUUCAGUGAUAUUGUCUCUGCUGGAAUUCCCGAUGUUGGUAGGCUAAUUACUGACAGCAUUCUGAUGGUUUUGAUAUUUCCAUUACUUCUUCCUUCUCUGAGGAUAUCAAUUGAUAAUGACAUGCAAAGUAGUUUUGUCACUUCUAUCUACUUACUUUGUCGCAUCUUGAGAAUAAUCAAAAUUAAAGAUUUGGCAAAUACCAUAGCUGCUGCUCUUUUUUAUCCCUCAGAAGCCUUUACGAAAAGUUCUGGGGGUAAACUCAAUAGCCAUAUAUCUGGUUUUCAUCCAGACAGUGUUUUCAUGCAAAAUGGUUGUAGCAGUCCAAAUUUGUCUAUAAGGGAUGUUUUGCUUUCAUAUGUAGUAAAAGGAGAUGAUAUACAAGUAUUGGGUUCUUUGACUGUGCUAGCAACUCUACUGCAAACUAAAGAACUUGAUGAAUCAAUGCUAGACGAGCUUGGAAUUCUUCCACAACGCAAACAACAUAAGAAGCUUUUAUUGCAAGCUUUAGUUGGUGAGAGUUCAGGUGAAGAGGAACUUUUUUCUUCUAAAAGUAGUUUGACAAAGGAUAGCACUGGUAGUGAUAUUGCUGUGUAUCACAAAAAGAUCAAGGAUCAGUAUGGAAUAUCUUUUCAGUCUUCUGAUGUUGGAAUUAGCUCUCAUGCAAAUAGAUUUCAGGUGAUUGAUGCAUUGGUGAGCCUUUUUUGCCGCUCUAAUAUAUCUGCAGAGACACUAUGGGGCGGUGGUUGGCUUUUGCGUCAGUUGCUUCCUUACAGUGAAUCAGAAUUCAACAGUCAUCACCAUGAAGUUUUGAAAGUUUCGUACAAGACCUGUGCUUCUGCUCUUGUAGAGGAGGCUAAAGGCAUCUGGACCGACUUACUUAUUUCUGUUCUAUCUGAUGAAUGGCGGAAGUGCAAAAGAGCAAUGGAAUCAUCAUCUCCUCCAAAAGGACCAAACUCUAUGCUUUUGCAGCCACAUCCACAUAAAUUUUCUUUAGAGGAUAACACUCCAAAGGGAUCAUCAUUUUCUGCGGGAGAAAGAAUGCAGGAACUGGUGAAGGUAUUUGUACUACUGCACCAACUUCAGUUAUUCACUCUUGGGAGAGCUUUACCUGAGCAACCUCCAAUUCACCCUCCCGGUGAUCUUCCCGCAAAUUGCCGUGCCCAGACUUAUGGGCUUGAUGUAUCAGGCCCAAAGGCAGGCACUGAAAUCAGCCUUGUUAAUGCUGUGCCUUGUAGAAUUGCUUUCAAGAGUGGCAAAGAACACCAUCUUUGCUUUCAGGCAAUCUCUUUAGGAGUAUCUGGCUGGCUUGUUCUUGCAGAAGAAUUACCAUCACAGAAGUCCCGUGGAAUCGUUCGGGUUGUUGCACCUUUGGCUGGGUGCAAUCCCAGGGUUGAUGAUACACAUUCAACAUGGUUACACUUGCGGAUCCGGUCAUCCUCUUUACCCUUUCAAGAUCCUGCCAAAUCAAAUGAUUAUGGGAAAAUGAAAACAAAAAGUUUGGUUGAUGGAAGAUGGACAUUGGCGUUCAGGGACGUGGAGUCUUGCAACUCUGCUUUAGAGAUGAUCGUUGAAGAGGUCAAUUUUGUGAGUGAUGAGGUUCAUAGAAGGCUUAAACCUUUGUUAAACCUUGAUGCUACAAAAGAUUUAUCAAGCUCACAUUUAUGUGUUCCCGAGGAUUCCUCUAACAGAAUACUUCCCAAAUCAUUAUAA